AUGGCUGACGGAGGAGAGGGCGAGGAUGAGAUCCAGUUCCUGCGAACAGAUGAUGAGGUGGUCUUACAAUGCUCGGCUACAGUCCACAAAGAGCAGCAGAAGCUCUGCCUCGCUGCCGAGGGCUUCGGGAACAGACUCUGCUUCCUCGAGUCCACCUCCAACUUCAAGAAUGUGCCUCCAGAUCUGUCCAUCUGCACAUUUGUGUUGGAGCAGUCUCUUUCAGUCCGAGCCCUUCAGGAAAUGCUGACCAACACAGAGGAGAAUGCUGAUGGGACGGCCCAGGGUGGUGGGCAUCGGACCCUCCUCUAUGGGCAUGCCCUCUUACUAAGACACUCCCACAGUGGAAUGUACCUGUGCUGCCUGUCCACAUCCCGCUCAUCCACAGACAAACUGGCUUUUGAUGUGGGGCUGCAAGAAGAUACGACAGGUGAGGCUUGCUGGUGGACCAUCCAUCCAGCAUCAAAGCAGCGCUCAGAGGGAGAGAAGGUUAGAGUGGGAGAUGAUCUCAUCCUGGUCAGCGUGUCCUCUGAAAGAUAUCUGCAUCUCUCUUAUGGAAAUGGAAGCCUCCAUGUGGAUGCAGCCUUCCAGCAGACUCUGUGGACGGUGGCCCCCAUCUGCUCGAACAGUGAAGUAGCACAAGGUUACGUCAUAGGGGGAGAUGUCCUGCGCCUCCUUCACGGACACAUGGACGAGUGUCUGACCGUUCCAUCUGGGGAGCAUGGGGAUGAGCAGAGGAGGACGGUGCAUUAUGAGGGGGGGGCGGUUUCCAGUCACGCAAGGUCCCUCUGGAGACUGGAGACACUGCGUGUGAUGUGGGGUGGAAGUCAUAUCCGUUGGGGUCAGCCUUUCCGACUCAGACAUAUGACCACGGGGAAAUAUCUGAGUCUGGCCUCAGACAAGUCUUUGCUGCUGAUGGACAAAGAUAAAGCAGACGUUAAGUCCACUGCCUUCUGCUUCCGGUCAUCCAAGGAAAAAUUGGACCCAGGCGUGAAGAAAGAGAUUGAUGGAAUGGGCACUCCUGACAUAAAGUAUGGCGACUCCAUGUGUUACAUCCAGCAUGUGGACACCUACCUCUGGCUGACCUACCAGACCGUUGAUGCAAAGUGUGCACGCAUGGGGGGAGUGCAGAGAAAGGCCAUCAUGCACCAGGAGGGUCACAUGGACGAUGGGCUGUCCCUGUCCCGGUCACAGCACGAGGAGAGCCGCACGGCUAGGGUCAUCCGAAGCACUGUCUUUCUCUUCAACCUAUUCAUCAGGGGUCUGGACACUCUCAGAAAAAAAGGAAAGUGUCCAAAUUUGAAUCUUCCGAUUGACUCGGUUAGUCUGAGUCUGCAGGACCUAAUCGGCUACUUCCAGCCACCUGGAGACAAUUUGGAGCACGAAUAUAAACAGAACCGCCUACGAGCUCUGAAGAACAGACAGAACCUCUUCCAGGAGGAGGGGAUGAUCACCCUGGUGUUGGAGUGUAUCGAUCGUCUGCAUGUGUACAGCAGCGCGGCUCAUUUUGCUGAGGUCGUGGGAAGAGAGGCAGCAGAAGCCUGGAGCUCCAUCCUCAACUCCCUAUAUCAGCUUCUGGCUGCCCUUAUCAGAGGAAACAGGAAAAACUGUGCCCAGUUCUCCGGUUCCUUAGACUGGCUAAUAAGUAGAUUGGAGCAGCUGGAGGCAUCUUCAGGAAUAUUGGAGGUUCUUCACUGUGUGCUGGUGGAAAGUCCCGAGGCUCUAAACAUAAUCAAAGAGGGCCACAUAAAAUCCAUCAUAUCUCUCCUUGAUAAGCAUGGACGUAACCACAAGGUUCUAGAUGUGUUGUGCUCACUGUGUGUGUGUCAUGGCGUGGCAGUGCGCUCCAACCAACACCUGAUCUGCGACAACCUGCUGCCCGGAAGAGAUCUGUUGUUGCAAACUCGCCUGAUUAACCACGUGGGCAGCAUGCGCCCCAACAUCUUCCUGGGAGUGAGCGACGGCUCUGCCCAGUACAAGAAGUGGUACUAUGAGCUCACGGUGGACCAGGCUGUGCCCUUCGUCACAGCAGAGGCCACGCACCUGAGGGUGGGCUGGGCCAACACCAGUGGGUACGCGCCCUCCCCCAGCGGAGGGGAGGGCUGGGGGGGCAACGGGGUUGGUGAUGACCUCUACUCGUACGGCUUUGAUGGCCUUCAUCUUUGGUCAGGCUGCAUUGCACGGACCGUUAGCUCGCCCAAUCAACACCUUCUGCAAUCAGAGGAUGUGGUGAGCUGCUGCCUGGACCUCAGUGUUCCCAGUAUCUCCUUCAGGAUCAACGGCCAGCCGGUUCAGGGCAUGUUUGAGAACUUCAACACUGAGGGCCUUUUUUUCCCUGUGGUCAGCUUCUCUGCAGGGAUCAAGGUGCGUUUUCUCCUUGGUGGUCGUCAUGGGGAAUUCAAAUUCCUCCCUCCUUCCGGCUAUGCUCCUUGCUAUGAGGCCGUUUUGCCAAGAGAAAAACUUAAACUGGAGGCUAGUCAGGAUGAGACGGCAAACAUCGACCUGCUUGGUCCCACUGUCACCAUGAGCCAGGCAGCAUUCACACCCACACCUGUGGACACCAGCCAGAUUGUUCUGCCCUCUCACUUGGAGCGAAUUAGGGAGAAACUGGCUGAAAACAUUCAUGAAUUGUGGGUGAUGAACAAGAUAGAACUGGGCUGGACAUAUGGAGCUGUACGUGAUGAUAGCAAACGGCAGCACCCCUGUUUGGUGGAGUUUUCCAAGCUUCCUGAACAAGAACGAAGCUACAACCUACAGAUGUCCCUGGAGACUCUAAAGACUCUUCUUGCCUUGGGUUGCCAUGUAGGACUAGCAGUUGAACACGCUGUGGAGAAAGUGAAGAGCAUAAAACUGUCACCAAUAUAUCAGCUUUCCAGUGGUUACAAACCUGCUCCUCUGGAUCUAAGUCACAUCAAACUGACACCUACCCAGGAGGCUAUGGUGGACAAACUAGCUGAAAACGCACACAAUGUUUGGGCAAGAGAUCGCAUCCGCCAGGGCUGGACAUAUGGAAUCCAGCAGGAUGUGAAGAACCGCAGAAACCCUCGUCUGGUUCCCUACAUUCUGCUGGAUGAGAGAACUAAGAAGUCCAACAAGGAUAGUCUUAGAGAGGCUGUCCGGACUCUGCUGGGAUAUGGAUAUAACCUGGAAGCUCCUGAUCAGGACAAUGCAGCUCAGUCUGAUGUGAGCAAUGUCUCUGCUGAGAGGUUCCGCAUUUUCAGAGCAGAGAAGACCUACUCCGUUAAAAGUGGGAAGUGGUACUUUGAGCUGGAGGUACUCACAGCAGGGGAAAUAAGAGUAGGCUGGGCGAGGCCGGGGUGUCUGCCGGACCAAAAGCUGGGAUCUGACGAUCAGGCCUUUAUCUUUGAUGGCUUUAAGGUGCAGCGCUGGCACCAGGGGAAUGAGCACUUUGGGCGGGCCUGGCAGACGGGGGACGUGGUGGGCUGCAUGGUGGACCUCAACGAGCACACCAUGAUGUUCACCCUCAACGGAGAAGUGCUGCUGGACGAUUCCGGAUCUGAGCUGGCCUUCAAAGAUUUUGACACAUGUGAAGGUUUUAUCCCAGUGUGCAGUCUAGGGGUUUCUCAGGUAGGGAGGAUGAAUUUCGGGAAAGAUGUCAGCACUCUGAAGUACUUCACCAUCUGCGGGCUGCAGGAAGGCUAUGAACCAUUUGCUGUCAACAUGAAUCGCAAUGUCACCAUGUGGCUUAGCAAGAGGCUGCCCCAGUUUGUACCGGUGCCCUGCAGCCACCAACACAUCAAGGUGACCAGGAUAGAUGGGACAAUGGAGUCGUUCCCGUGCCUGAAAGUCACCCAGAGAUCAUUCGGCUCGCAGAACAGUUACACUGACAUUAUCUUCUACAGACUGAGCAUGCCCGUAGAGUGUGCUGAGUCCAGAACCCCCAAUGACGGUCUCUUCUCACCAAAAAGGGAACUGGAGGACUUUGAAACGGUGUCAGACUUUGAAGUCCUGAAGUCAUCUCAUGGGCAUUUUUCCAGUGGACCCGGAAGAGAUGAAUUCAACAACCACAAAGACUGUAAUCAGGAGAAGCCAUCUAAGCUAAAACAGCGAUUCACUUUGAAGAGAAACAAGCCGGAGAGCAGUUCUUCCUCAUCUGCUCAACACUCAGAAGAAGUUGUUUCUGACGACAGGGAUGGUUAUGAGUUCAUCAUGCAGGCAUCCACUUACUAUUAUUCCGCCCGGAUUUUCCCCGGUCAGGAGCCCAGCAGUGUUUGGGUUGGCUGGGUGACCUCGGACUUCCAUCAGUUUGACCCCGGCUUUGAGCUCCACAAAGUCAGAACGGUGACUGUCACACUGGGAGAUGAAAAAGGAAAAGUUCAUGAGAGUAUAAAGCGCAGUAACUGUUACAUGGUGUGGGCUGGGGAGAGCAGCAGCCCUGGUCAGAGGAGGAACAACAACGGCUUAGAGAUCGGUUGUUUGUUUGACACAGCCAAUGGUCUACUGACCUUCACGGCCAAUGGCAAAGAACUCAGCACUUACUAUCAGGUGGAGCCCAGCACGAAGCUCUUCCCUGCUGUGUUUGCCAAGGCCACCAGUCCAAAUGUCUUCCAGUUCGAACUUGGACGGAUAAAGAAUGCAAUGCCUCUGUCAGCUGGUCUGUUCAAGAGUGAGAGAAAGAACCUACAGCCACAGUGUCCUCCCCGCCUUCAUGUCCAGUUUCUGACCCCUGUGCUGUGGAGUCGUGUUCCCAAUGAUUUCCUCAAGGUUACAGCAUCCAGAGUGAACGACAGACAUGGCUGGCUGGUUCAGUGUAACGAAGCUCGUCAGUUCAUGUCGCUGCACAUUCCUGAAGAAAACAGGGCAAUUGAUAUCCUGGAGCUAUCAGAGCAGAAGGACCUAUUAAAGUUUCACUACCAUACUCUUAGAUUGUACUCUGCAAUCUGUGCCCUGGGAAACAACCGAGUGGCUCAUGCUCUGUGCUCCCACGUUGAUGAGGCCCAGCUCCUGGAGGCCAUAGAGAAUAAGUAUAUGCCAGGUCUGCUCCGUGCAGGCUACUACGACAUCCUGGUGGACAUCCACCUGAACAGCUACGCCACCGCUCGGCUGAUGAUGAACAACGAAUACAUUGUUCCCAUGACCGACGAAACCAAAAGCAUCACCCUGUUUCCAGACGACGAGAAGAAACACGGUUUGCCCGGGAUUGGACUCAGCACUUCCCUGAGACCCAGAAUGCAUUUCUCAUCUCCGAGCUUUGUGAGGCUGCCGGGCUCGUUGUGUCAGAAUAAUGACAGCAGUGACUCAGAGAACUGUUUCCAGUACAGCCCUGAAUUCCCCUUAGACAUACUAAAAGUCAAAACCAUUGAGAUGCUGACGGAAGCGGUGCAGGAGGGGAGCAUGCACGUCCGGGACCCCGUGGGAGGCAGCACGGAGUUCCUCUUUGUUCCUCUCAUCAAGCUCUUCUACACCAUGCUUAUCAUGGGAGUUUUCCAAAACGGAGAUCUGAAAAACAUCCUUCGACUGAUCGAGCCCCAUGUGUUCUCUGAACCAAGAGAAGGAAAAGAGGAGAUUCACACGGACCCUGAGGUGGGGAAGAGAGUGGAGACGCUUGGAGGAGGACAGGAUGGAGGGAAGAUGAUGCCAAAGGAGGGACUGUUACAGAUGAAGCUACCAGAGCCCGUCAAACUCCAGAUGUGCCACGUGCUGCAGUACCUGUGCGACUGCCAGGUGCGACAUCGUAUUGAGGCAGUUGUGGCCUUUUCUGAUGACUUUGUUGCUCUCCUCCAAGACAACCAGCGGUUUCGCUACAACGAGGUGAUGCUGGCGCUCAACAUGUCAGCAGCCCUCACAGCCAAGAAAACCAAAGAGUUCAGAUCUCCUCCUCAGGAACAGAUCAACAUGCUGCUGAACUUUAAGGAUGAGAAGCAGGAGUGUCCCUGUCCUGAAAACAUCCGGGAGCAGCUUCUGGAUUUCCAUGAAGAUCUAAUGAGACAUUGUGAGUUGGAUGAGGAGAGAGGAAUAGACGGGGACAGCGACUUCACCAUACGAGGGCGUCUCAUGUCACUGGUGGAGAAAGUGUCUUAUCUGAAGAAAAAGAUGGGCAGUCUGCCUAAGGAGAAAAAAGACAAGAGGCCCAGCACACUACAGCAGCUCAUCUCAGACACCAUGGUGCGCUGGGCUCAGGAGUCUGUUAUAGAGGAUCCAGAACUGGUCAGGGCCAUGUUUGUCCUGCUCCACCGCCAAUACGAUGGGAUUGGAGGACAGGUGCGAGCUCUUCCUAAGACCUACACAAUAAAUUCCGUAUCGAUCGAGGACACUAUAAACCUGCUGGCAGCUCUGGGUCAGAUCAGGUCUCUGCUGAGUGUCCGCAUGGGGAGGGAAGAGGAGAAGCUGAUGAUCAGAGGGCUCAGUGACAUAAUGAACAACAAGGUCUUCUACCAGCAUCCUAACCUGAUGAGAGCUCUAGGGAUGCAUGAGACGGUCAUGGAGGUGAUGGUUAAUGUUCUCAGUGGAGGAGACUCCAAGGAAAUCACCUUUCCCAAAAUGGUCGCCAACUGCUGUCGUUUUCUGUGCUACUUCUGUCGAAUCAGCCGGCAGAACCAGAAGGCCAUGUUUGACCAUCUGAGCUACCUGUUAGAGAACAGCAGUGUUGGCCUUGCGUCUCCGUCCAUGCGAGGCUCCACUCCUCUAGAUGUGGCCGCUGCCUCAGUGAUGGAUAAUAACGAACUGGCCCUUGCUCUGAGAGAGCCGGACCUGGAGAAGGUGGUCCAGUAUCUGGCCGGCUGUGGGCUGCAGAGCUGUGUGAUGCUGCUGCACAAAGGAUACCCAGACAUAGGCUGGAACCCUGUGGAAGGGGAGAGAUACCUGGACUUCUUGCGCUUUGCUGUGUUCUGCAAUGGGGAGAGUGUGGAGGAGAAUGCCAACGUAGUGGUGAGGCUUCUGAUCCGCAGACCUGAGUGCUUUGGCCCCGCGCUCCGAGGUGAGGGUGGUGACGGGCUGCUGGCAGCCAUAGGGGACGCCAUUAAGAUAUCCCAAGAUGCUUCCAGAGAUGGUCCAUCCCCCAAAUCUGAGAGCAGCAAAUCAAUCACCGACGUGCUGGAAGAAGAGGAGGAUGAAACCAUCCACAUGGGAAACGCCAUCAUGACCUUCUACUCGGCGCUCAUUGACCUGCUGGGCCGCUGUGCUCCAGAGAUGCAUCUCAUCCACGCCGGCAAAGGUGAAGCAAUCCGGAUCAGGGCCAUUUUGAGGUCUCUAAUUCCCAUAGAAGACCUGGUUGGAGUCAUCAGCAUUCCCUUCUCCAUGCCAAACCUGACCAAAGAUGGUUUGGUUGUGGAGCCCGACAUGUCAGCAGGAUUUUGUCCGGACCACAAAGCCGCCAUGGUGUUGUUCCUAGAUCGUGUCUAUGGUAUAGAAGACCAGAAUUUUCUUCUACACCUCCUUGAGGUUGGAUUCUUACCAGAUCUAAGAGCUGCUGCCUCCCUAGACACUGUUGCUCUCAGUGCCACCGACAUGGCACUUGCCCUCAACAGGUACUUGUGCACAGCAGUGCUGCCCCUCCUCACCAAAUGUGCUCCUCUGUUUGCGGGGGCCGAGCAGUUUGCCUCAUUAAUCGACUCCCUCCUUCACACGGUUUACCGCCUGUCCAAAGGCUGCUGCCUGACCAAAGCUCAGAGGGACGCCAUAGAGGAGUGCCUGGUCACGGUUUGUGGCACACUGAGACCUUCGAUGAUGCAGCACCUGCUCCGGAGGCUGGUGUUUGACGUCCCCCUGCUCAGUGAACAUUCCAAAAUGCCUCUAAAGCUGCUGACCAAUCACUAUGAGCGUUGCUGGAAGUAUUACUGCCUUGCUGGAGGCUGGGGUAACUUUGGAGUCACUUCAGAUGAAGAGCUUCACCUCUCCAGGAAACUUUUCUGGGGAAUAUUUGAUGCUCUGUCAUGCAAGAAGUACGACCAGGAGCUGUUCAAGCUAGCACUGCCGUGUCUCAGUGCUGUGGCCGGAGCCCUUCCCCCAGACUACAUGGAAUCAAACUACAUGUCUAUGUUGGAGAAACACUCUUCUAUGGAUUCAGAGGGAAACUUCAUUCCUCAGCCUGCAGACACCACAAAUGUGAAUGUCCCUGAAAAGCUGGACUAUUUCAUAACCAGAUACGCAGAGCUCAAUCAUGAGAGAUGGUGUAUAGAAAAGUUUUCUAAUGGCUGGUCCUGUGGGGAACCUCUGUGUGAGACCAGGAAGAUGCAUCCUCUACUGAAACCAUUCAAAAGCCUUCCUGAAAAGGAUAAGGAGGCAUACUGCCUCCCGGUUAGGGAGUCUUUGAAGACCAUGCUGUCAUGGGGCUGGAGAAUUGAUAGGAACAGAGAAGGAGACCAGGCCAGUCUCCACAACAAAUCCAGACGGAUAUCCCAGACCAGCCAGGUAUCAUUUGAAGGAGCUCCAGCUUUCUGUCCAAGACCAAUAGAUGUGAGCAACGUCACGCUGUCCAGAGACAUGCAGUCUAUGGCAGAGCUGCUGGCAGAGAAUUACCAUAAUAUCUGGGCCAGGAAGAAGAAAAUGGAGCUUGAGGCCAAAGGUGGGGGGAGCCAUCCCCUGUUGGUUCCUUAUGAUACACUGACUGCGAAAGAAAAGUUGAAAGACAGAGAAAAAGCACAAGACAUCCUUAAAUUCCUCCAGAUCAAUGGCUACAAUGUGUCCAGAGGUAUGAAGUCGCAGGAUCUGGACACUCCAGCUAUUGAGAAGCGCUUUGCGUACACCUUCCUCUACAAGCUCAUCACAUAUGUGGACCAGGCUCACCAACACAUGAUGGAGUUCGAUGAGGGAACCAGGCCAAAAGGGGAGAAGAUUCCUCAUGAACAGCAGAUUAAGUUCUUUGCAAAGGUGGUUUUGCCCUUGGUGGAUCAGUACUUUAAAAACCACCGGCUGUACUUCCUGUCCACAGCCAUACAUCCAAUCAGCAGUGGGGGCCACGCCUCCAACAAGGAGAAAGAGAUGGUCAGCAGUCUUUUCUGCAAAUUGGGAGUUCUUGUCAGGCAUAGGAUUUCCCUUUUUGGAAACAACGCCACAUCCAUCGUCAACUGUCUGCAGAUCCUGGGACAAAGCCUAGAUGCCAGGACGGUGAUGAAAACUGGCCUGGAGCCGGUGAAGGCAGCUUUGCGCUCAUACUUCGACAAUGUGGCGGAGGACUUGGAAAUGACUCAGGAAAACCUGAAGCUGGGCCAGUUCACCCACAGCAGGGAGCAGCCCCGAGGCGUCACCCAGAUCAUCAACUACACCACCUUCGCCCUGCUGCCCGUGCUGUCCUCCCUGUUUGAGCACAUCGGCCAGAAUAUGUUUGGAGAAGACCUCCUAUUGGAUGAUGUCCAGGUCUCCUGCUACAAAAUUCUGAAUAUCCUAUACUUUCUGGGAACCAACAAAAGCAUCUAUGUGGAGAGACAGCGGCCAGCCAUCGGAAAGUGUUUAGCUGCUUUUUCAGCAGCGUUUCCUGUAGCAUUCCUCGAGCCUCACAUCAACAAGUUUAACAGCAUUUCCAUCUACAACAGCAAAGGAAGUCAAGACAGGGCAGCUUUAGGUCUUCCUGGGCCAGUUGGAGACGUUUGUCCUUUGGUUCCAAACUUGGACAAAUUCCUGGAGGAGAUCAUGGAGCUGGCCGAGUCCGGCACCAGAUACACCCAAAUGCCCCAUGUUGUGGAGGUAGUGUUGCCCAUGCUGUGCAGUUAUAUGUCUCACUGGUGGGAACACGGGCCAGAGAGCAACCCAGACAGAGCCGACAGCUGCUGCACAUCUGUCACCUCCCAGCACAUCAACACUCUGCUGGGAAACAUCCUCAAGAUCAUCUACAACAACCUGGGGAUCGACGAGGGAACCUGGAUGAAGAGAUUGGCUGUCUUCUCUCAGCCAAUCAUCAGCAAAGCCAAGGCUCAACUGCUGAAGACACACUUUCUUCCUUUGAUGGAAAAACUAAAAAAAAAAGCAGCAGUGGUGCUGAUGGAUGAAGAACACAGCAAAGUUGAGGGGAGAGGGGAGAUGUCAGAGACAGAGCUUCUCAUCAUGGACCAGUUCACCAUACUGGUCAGAGACCUGUAUGCCUUCUACCCUCUGCUCAUUCGAUUUGUGGACUACAACAGAGCGAGGUGGUUGAAAGAGUCGGACCCAGAGGCAGAGGAGCUGUUCAGGAUGGUGGCGGAAAUUUUCAUCUUCUGGGCCAAGUCUCAUAAUUUCAAAAGAGAAGAGCAGAAUUUUGUGGUCCAAAAUGAAAUUAACAACAUGAGCUUCCUUAUCUCUGACACCAAGUGCAAGAUGUCCAAGGGAAUAGCCUCAGACCAGGAGAGGAAGAAGAUUAAGAGGAAAGGAGAUCGAUACUCCAUGCAGACCAGUCUGAUCGUGGCCACUCUGAAGCGCCUGCUGCCUGUAGGCCUCAACAUCUGUGCUCCAGGAGAGCAGGAGCUCAUCGCACUGGCCAAAAGCCGGUUCUCUCAGAAAGACACAGAGGAAGAAGUCCGAGAGAUCCUAAGGAACAAUCUACACUUACAAGGGAAGCUCGAGGAUCCGGCUAUUCGCUGGCAGAUGGCUUUGUACAGAGACCUUCCCAACCACUAUGAAGACACCUCUGAUCCAGAAAGGACUGUGGAGAGAGUCCUGAUCAUUGGCCAUGUCCUCUUCUACCUAGACCAGGUGGAGCAUCCCCAGCGCAGUAAAAAGGCCGUGUGGCACAAGCUGCUGUCCAAACAGAGGAAGCGGGCCGUGGUGGCGUGCUUCAGGAUGGCUCCCCUCUACAACCUACCGAGGCACCGGGCCGUGAACCUGUUCCUGCAGGGCUAUGAGAAGUCCUGGAUUGAGGCAGAGGAGCACUACUUUGAAGACAAACUCAUAGAGGACCUCGCUAAACCGGGCGUACAGGAGCCCUCUGAGGAUGAGGAGGGUGUGAGGCGCAUCGAUCCGCUGCAUCAGCUUAUUCAGCUGUUCAGCAGAACAGCGCUCACAGAAAAAUGUAAACUGGAUGAAGACAAUCUCUACAUGGCCUACGCUGACAUCAUGGCCAGGAGCUGCCAUGAUGAGGAGGAUGAGGAAGGAGAGGUCAAGAGCUUUGAAGAGAAGGAGAUGGAGAAGCAAAAGCUGCUGUACCAGCAGGCGCGGCUGCACGACCGCGGAGCUGCAGAGAUGGUUCUGCAGACAAUCAGCGCCAGUAAGGGAGAGAUGGGUCCUAUGGUUGCUUCAACUCUGAAGCUAGGCAUAGCUAUUCUCAAUGGAGGGAAUUCAACAGUACAGCAGAAAAUGUUGGAUUAUCUUAAGGACAAGAAAGAUGUGGGCUUUUUCCAAAGUCUGGCUGGUCUAAUGCAGUCGUGCAGCGUUCUGGAUUUAAAUGCGUUUGAGAGGCAGAAUAAAGCAGAAGGUCUGGGGGUGGUGACGGAGGAGGGAUCAGUCAUCACUCAUGAGCGUGGUGAGAAGGUCAUGCAGGAUGAUGAGUUCACGUGCGACCUGUUCCGCUUCCUGCAGCUGCUCUGUGAGGGCCACAACUCAGACUUCCAAAACUACCUGAGGACCCAAACAGGGAACAAUACAACUGUAAACAUCAUUAUAUCAACUGUGGAUUACCUACUCAGAGUCCAGGAGUCCAUCAGUGAUUUCUACUGGUAUUAUUCUGGGAAAGACAUUAUUGACGAGCAGGGCCAAAGAAAUUUCUCCAAAGCAAUAAAUGUUGCCAAGCAGGUUUUCAACACACUCACAGAAUACAUCCAGGGCCCCUGCACUGGGAACCAGCAGAGUCUGGCUCACAGCCGGCUGUGGGAUGCAGUGGUUGGUUUCCUGCACGUCUUCGCCCACAUGCAGAUGAAACUGUCUCAGGAUUCCAGUCAGAUUGAGUUACUUAAGGAGCUGAUGGAUCUACAGAAAGACAUGGUGGUCAUGCUGCUAUCUAUGCUGGAAGGUAACGUGGUGAACGGAACCAUCGGGAAGCAAAUGGUCGACAUGCUGGUGGAAUCUUCCAACAACGUGGAGAUGAUCCUCAAGUUCUUUGACAUGUUCCUCAAACUGAAGGAUUUGACUUCCUCAGAUGCGUUCAAGGAGUAUGAUCCAGACGGAAAAGGUGUCAUCUCCAAGAGAGACUUCCUGAAGGCCAUGGAGAGCCACAAGCACUACACCCAGUCUGAGACCGAGUUCCUGCUUUCCUGUGCCGAGACCGAUGAGAAUGAGCUCCUGGAUUAUGAAGAAUUUGUGGAGCGCUUUCAUGAGCCAGCUAAGGACAUUGGCUUCAAUGUUGCGGUUUUGUUGACCAACCUGUCGGAGCACAUGCCUCACGACACGCGGCUGCAGACCUUCCUGGAGCUGGCCGACAGCGUCCUCAACUACUUCCAGCCAUACCUGGGCCGCAUCGAGAUCAUGGGCAGUGCCAAGCGCAUCGAGAGGGUCUACUUUGAGAUCAGCGAGUCCAGCCGGACGCAGUGGGAGAAACCUCAGGUCAAAGAAUCUAAGCGUCAGUUUAUCUUCGACGUGGUGAAUGAAGGUGGGGAGAAGGAGAAGAUGGAGCUGUUUGUGAACUUCUGCGAGGACACCAUAUUUGAAAUGCAGCUGGCGGCUCAGAUGUCGGACGCAGGCGAGCGCUCGUCUGUGAAGGAGGAGAGCGAGCUGGAGAAGCCAGACGAAGACAACCCGGAGACGGGCUUCUUCUCCGUCACCACCGUAUGCAUGGCCUUCCUCUCCCUGCGCUACAACGUCAUGCUUCUGAUAAAGGUGCUAUCCACAAAGAGCUUAAAGAAGCAAGUGAAGAAGAUAAAGAGCAUGACUGUAAAAGACUUGGUGACCACCCUGGUGUCCUUCUACUGGUCAGUGUUGGUGGGCCUCCUACAUGUCGUGUUCAACGUGGCUCGAGGAUUUUCCAGGAUCUUCUACAACACCUUCAUGGGAGGCAGUUUGGUGGAGGGGGCCAAGAAUAUAAAGGUGUCAGAGCUGCUGGCCAACAUGCCUGACCCCACCCAGGAGGAUGUGCGGGACGAAGUGGAGGACAGGGACAAGAGGCUGUCUGAGUGCAGCUCCCUGAAGGAGGACCUGGCUGAUCUGGCCGUCAGCAGCAGUGAGACCGAACUGCUGUCUGACAUCUUUGGUUUGGAUCUGAGACGAGAAGGAGGGCAGUAUAAGAUCACCCCCCAUGAUCCCAAUGCCAGCCUCACAGAGCUCCUCAACUCCCCGCCCAUCCCCUCAGCCCCAGCUUCUGCACCCCAGACUGAGCUCAGACAAAGGCGGCAGUCAAAGAGUUCUGCCACUGAGGAGAAGGAGGCACCACCAGAGGCUGAAUUGGAACCUCAGAAAGCACAUGAAGGUGGACACAUAGUGAAUGAGGAAAAACAGCAGAAGAAUGAAAAGGCUAAAGUAAAAGUGAGAAGACACCUCAGCUCAAAGCCUGAAGAGUCCGAUCCACAGGAAUCUGCCUUUUUAAAGAAAAUCAUUGCCUACCAAAGGAAGUUACUGAGCUACUUUGCCAGAAACUUCUACAACAUGAGGAUGCUGGCGUUGUUUGUUGCCUUUGCAAUCAACUUCAUACUUUUGUUUUAUAAGGUUUCUACCAGUGCGCCGGUUGCUGAGGACAGGGAGGCCGAGUAUUCCAGAGCGGACAGCAGUGUCCAGUGGGAUCCUCUGGCCGGGGACACGGAUGCCCUGAAGGAUGGAGUGGUGGACGAGUCUGGAGAACCUCUGAAGUCUGUCACAGUCUGUUUUGUCCUGGAGGAAAGCACUGGAUACAUGGAGCCCAUGCUGCGCAUCCUGGCCAUUUUGCACACAGUCAUUUCCUUCUUCUGCAUUAUUGGAUACUACUGCCUCAAGGUGCCACUUGUGAUCUUUAAGCGGGAAAAGGAAGUGGCCAGGAAGCUGGAGUUUGAUGGCCUUUACAUUACAGAGCAGCCGUCUGAGGAUGACAUCAAAGGACAGUGGGACAGACUUGUUAUUAACACACAGUCUUUCCCGAACAACUACUGGGAUAAGUUUGUGAAGAGAAAGGUGAUGGAUAAGUACGGGGAGUUCUACGGCCACGACCGCAUCAGUGAGCUGCUGGGACUGGACAAAGCGGCUCUGGACUUCAGCGACGCGCACAAAAAAAGAAAACCCCGAAGAGACAGCUCCCUGGCAGCCGUACUGAACUCCAUCGAUGUCAAGUACCAGAUCUGGAAGCUCGGGGUUGUGUUCACAGACAAUUCCUUCCUGUACCUGGCAUGGUACAUGACCAUGUCCAUUCUGGGUCACUACAACAACUUCUUCUUUGCUGCCCAUCUGCUGGACAUCGCCAUGGGCUUCAAGACCUUACGCACCAUCCUUUCUUCAGUCACACAUAAUGGCAAACAGCUGGUGCUGACUGUUGGGCUGUUAGCAGUGGUGGUGUACCUCUACACGGUUGUUGCCUUCAAUUUCUUCAGAAAGUUCUACAACAAGAGUGAAGAUGGGGAACUGCCAGACAUGAAGUGUGAUGACAUGCUCACAUGCUACAUGUUCCACAUGUAUGUGGGUGUGAGGGCAGGCGGGGGGAUCGGGGACCAGAUUGAGGACCCAGCAGGAGACGAGUACGAAAUCUACCGCAUCAUCUUUGACAUCACCUUCUUCUUCUUCGUCAUUGUGAUCCUCCUGGCCAUCAUCCAGGGGUUGAUCAUCGAUGCCUUUGGAGAGCUGAGGGACCAACAGGAGCAGGUGAAAGAAGACAUGGAGACCAAAUGUUUUAUCUGUGGAAUAGGAAACGACUACUUUGACACAGUGCCGCACGGCUUUGAAACGCACACACUACAGGAGCACAACUUGGCCAAUUACCUAUUCUUUUUGAUGUAUCUUAUCAACAAAGAUGAAACAGAGCACACAGGUCAGGAGUCGUACGUGUGGAAGAUGUACCAGGAGCGCUGCUGGGAGUUCUUCCCUGCUGGGGACUGUUUCAGGAAACAGUACGAGGACCAGCUCAACUGACCCCCCCGCCCGCAGCAAAACACCCUCCCAGUAACAGGGGAACCUCCUCAUUGACUUCUGCUGCCGUCUGCCACCCGCCUGCCUCUGGAGAAGCUUUGGCACAGCCGCCCAGGAGCUGCCAUCCAGGUUUUACACCCGGCUCCCCUCCAGAACCCAGGGGGGGGGCGGGGCGUCCAGCUUCUGCUGCAGGCCACCCAUUCUCACCCACAGUCCACUCCAGCACACUUUAUAUGGAAUGCUUCAAGACUCUGUACAUAGGAAAUAUCAGAUUAUAUGCUGUUUAAUAUAUUACUGGUGGCAUGUUUAACUUGGCUCUACAUACACCGUAACAUGCAAAAAAUCCAAAGGAGGAGAAGGAAAAUCAAAGGAACUGAUUCCUCCUGAACUUGAACAUUAAGGACUACGAUGGAUACAUAAAGGGCAUAAAGUAGUACAACGAUGUUCACCACUGUCAUGUCCACACACACUGCAUGUAGGAACAGUGGACGCGGAUAAAGAGGAAACGGGUUGAUUCCUACGACUGAAACACAGCAGCUCUGCAGGACGUUUGCUAUUUGAGAGGCUGACCGGUUGAGAUGAUGACCGCAUCAGGAUGUCGUGUGUCGAUGAGAUAGAUGCCACAUACCACCCCCAGUGCUACCCCCAGAGUUAAUGACAAUGGAAAAACGAGCUUCUCUCUUAGGAGGGAUAACAGUCAUAGGCCUCCAUCGGCCUCAAAACCCACAGAAAUAAACAUGUCCCCAAAACCAAGUGACACCAUCCAGUGAUUACCAGAGGACAUUAGAUCUAAACCAUGUGCUCAGCUACUAAUCAGACUGCCCCGAGCAUUUUUAUUCGUCACUUUAAAACUACUAGCUGAUUUAAAUAUUUGAGAUCUAUACCAAAGCAAAGGUAUGGCCAGUUUCACGUUUCCGGGUCAGGGUUUGACUCAGCUCUAAUAUUCAGAUCCACUGCUUGGAAUGGGAGGUCCAGAGAUGGGCACAGGGCUAAAGGG